GAAAAGGUAAAGAGAACCUAACGCUUGAUUUAGAAAAAUUUUUUACCCCGUUAACUCCCGAAGACAUUUCUAGCAAAAAUGUUCUUCGCUUAGUUAAUGCUCCUUUAUUUUUAUUGCCGUGCAAUUUAGAAAAAGUUAAAGACAGAAGACUAAGUUUGCUUUUUACUUCGGAAAGAAAAAUUAACUACAGCUUGCUGUAUUAUCUUCAAAAAGAGUUAGGUCUGGAUAAAGGAAAGUUUUCUGAAUUUGAAAACAAGAUAAAAAGUAGUGAAGGAAUAGAUAAAUUAGAAGACUACUUAAUUUUUCUUUUCCGAGAAUUGCAAAAAUUAGUUGCGGUCGGUUCAGUCAGAAUCAAAAUUUCUUCGACGAUGCUUUCGAUAAUCGGGGAAGGAGGAAAAAUUUUUUUUCCAGUCGAAAGUGAAAUAGAGGAAAAAAAAGUACCAAACAUCAGUCCUUUUCCUGAUUCAGUUUUAAGUGCUGAUGAUAAUAGCAAAAAGACUUUUAAGUUAGACCCAUUUGUUAAAUUAAUUUUGAAUAAUAAACACAAAGAUUUCUCUGAAAACCAGUUGGAGAUAGUUUUAAACUUUUGUUUAACUAUUGAUAGCGAACCUAAUUUAAGUUUGUUCCACGAUUUUGAGGAAAUCAUCGAGGAAUAUUCGCAAGGUAAGAUAAUUAAUUGGUCAAAAUCGGCUUUGGGUUUAUUGGGAGGUGAAGUAGAAAAUGUGCUUACCUAUCCCGAGGAAAAAGAAAAAGACUUUCAAUCAAGUCCCCUUUACCUUCCCUUCAAAAGCGACCCUUCCCAAACUCGUAUUUUAAAAGUUAUUUUUCGUGGUUUUUCUGAAAACACUCUUUGUAUCGAUGGACCACCAGGAACUGGGAAAAGUCAGUUAAUAUGUAAUCUUAUUGCUAAUGCAUUAGCUUAUCAAAAAAAAGUUUUAGUGAUUUGUGAAAAAGAGGUAGCUUUGAAAGUUAUCUAUGAAAAACUAAGUAGCAUUGGCCUAAAUUGCUCAAUUAUAAAAAUAAAUGAAUUAGCCCAAACCCCCCAAGUUUAUCGGGAUAUAUUAAACCAUUUAGAAAGCAACAGACAAGAAAAUAUUAAUCGACAUUACUUUAGUAGUGAAAAACGACUUGCUGAUUUAGAAGAAAAGCAAGCCUCUAAUUUAAAAAAAAUUGUUAAUUACUGCCAAGUUGAGAAAGAAUUUAGAGCCAAUCGACAAAUUCCUCUACAAGAAGUUUAUCUAAG